AUGGAGAUUAGGGCUCAGCCGACGAGCCUGAGGCUGGCGCCGCCGCCCGCCUCCGUCAGCUUCCGCCGGACCCCCCUGAGGACCUCCUUCCUUAAGGGAAACGUGUCACUUAAAGUUGUGCAAUUACGACAAUCAAAUGUCAACAGAUUUAAGUGCAAUAGCAUACGAAGUAACCUCUUUGAUAGACUAACAAGGGUUGUCAGGUCCUACGCAAAUGCAGUUCUAAGUUCGUUUGAAGACCCUGAGAAGAUUCUAGAGCAGGCAGUUCUGGAGAUGAACGAUGACUUGACAAAGAUGAGGCAGGCUACUGCACAGGUCUUGGCGUCUCAAAAGCGGCUUGAGAAUAAAUACAAAGCUGCAGAACAAGCUUCUGCUGAUUGGUAUCGGAGGGCUCAACUUGCUCUUCAAAAGGGUGACGAGGAUCUUGCUCGCGAAGCCCUUAAGCGGCGUAAAUCAUAUGCUGAUAAUGCGAGCUCCUUAAGGUCCCAGCUUGAUCAACAGAAGGGUGUAGUUGAAAAUCUGAUUUCGAACACCAAGGUUCUUGAGAGCAAGAUAGCAGAGGCCAAGCAGAAAAAGGAUACCCUAAAAGCUCGUGCUCAAUCAGCGAAGACUGCCACAAAAGUGAGUGAAAUGUUGGGCAACGUGAAUACAAGUAGCUCCCUUUCUGCGUUUGAGAAAAUGGAGGAAAAAGUUAUGGCGAUGGAAUCCCAAGCAGAGGCACUCGGCCAGUUAGCAACUGAUGAUCUAGAAGGAAAGUUUGCACUGCUCGAGACUUCAUCUGUUGAUGAUGAUCUUUCACAACUCAAAAAGGAAUUGUCUGGAAGCUCUUUGAAAGGAGAGCUUCCUCCAGGCAGAACAGCAGUCAGCAACUCAGGUGCUGGGCGCCCUUUCCCCGACCUAGAGAUUGAGAGCGAGCUAAACGAGCUGCGGAGGAAGGCCAAAGAAUAUUAG